AUGUAAAAAAUGAUCAGUGAUUUGACAUUUUUAGAUGGACCUGUUGAUGUUACUCAUGAUCACUAUAAAAAAUAGGAUGUCAAUGUCCUCAAACUUAAAGAGAUGUAUGGAUACUAAAAUAAAAUAAGAGAGAGUAGCCAACUUUAUAAAAAAAAGAGACUUGCUAAUACAAACUAAAUGAAUUAAAACUACUUGAAAGAGGAAUUAUAAAAAAUUGAGCAUGAUAAAAAACUCAAAGAAGUUAUUGAAAAGCAAUUGCAAGAAGAAAUUGAUAUUGAAUUGGAUGUACUUCUAGAAAGAGACAUUAAAGACAGAAAUGUUGAGUUAAUGCAAAAAAAGAUUGACUUCAUUAAUUCUUUAGAGGAAUAUAACAAAAUUAUUUAAUAUUAAAUGGUUAAGCAAUUAAUUGAAGUGAAGCAAAUUCAAGAGAAAUUUUGUAUUGACUUCUAUUAAAAAAUAACUGAAAUCAAAGAUUAUGUAUCAACUAUUGAGGAUUAUAACAAAAUGCAUAAUAAAAUCGAUGAACUUAACAAAAAGGCUAGCAAGUCGCUUACUAAUUAUAGAAAAAAACAAUUACAAAAUGAAAAAAAUAAAAUUGAUGAAAUAUAGAGAGAAUAUCUUUUAAAAAUUACAUCUAACAUAGAUUUAAUUUUAAAUAGCGAAAAUGCUUUAAGUUCGCCAGUGAAACAGCUCCUCUUAUUUAAGCUGAAUGAAAUUCUAUUUUUUCUUGAUGAGCUAAUGAAAAGCAAAAGAAACUAUUAAAUAUUCUUAAUUGAAUCCUUUUAAACUUAAAGCAUAAAUCUAACUAAUAUAGAACUAUUUUCAUUGAAUGAUAGUAAUGAUAAUGAUGACGAAGAGGACUUGGAAUUAGAAGAUUUUUUAUUCAUUAAACAGAAUAAUUAAUUUCUUGCAAAUGAAUUAUUAUAGAGCUCAACAAAUAAAAUAAUUAUUGAUGGGAUAGCAAUAGACUACUCUUAAAUUAAAAAAAAUAAAAAUGAAAGUGAGUAAAACCUAGGUGAAAAAAAUUAAAUAAAUAUAACUACAGCCAUUGAAGAGAGGAUCUAAAAAAUUUAGCUAAGAUACUAAAAAAACCAAUUAAAGAAACAGAAAAAAAAAUCUCUGAGCUAGCCUCCAUCUUUUUCGAAUGAAAUAAUAGAUCUAGAACUAUAAAAUUUAAUGAGAUUUUAUAACAAACUAAAAUAAGUUGAAAAAAUAAUUGCAAACAAAUAAAUGAUGAAAUAUGAUGAAAUCCAAAAUAUUCUAUAAAUUUUGUGGUAGUUUUAAGAUAUACUAGCUAUUUAGAUAUCAUGUGCUAAGAAUAAAUUAGAAAAAUAUUUAAUCAGUUUAAAUAAUAAAGUCUUUGUUCCUUAAGAAAUUAUUAGGCUGAUUAACAGAUAGGUAAAGCUAUUGAAAGCUAUCCCAGACUAAGAAUAAGCAAAAUCUUACAUAGAAAACUAAAAAAGAAAUAAUACAUUUAAAAGGUAUGCCAACGAUUAAGGAAAAAUAACUAAUUUCCAUUUUGUUUUAAAUGCAAAUAACCUCAAGCCUCUCUUACAAAAGAUAGAUCCUUAGUCUUUCUUAGACGAUGAGAAAAAAUAACAAAAAUAAAUGCAAAGUAAGUUAAAAAAAUUAAAAGAAGAUGCUGUAAAGAAGUAUGUUAAAUCUAAAUUAAAUUAGACCACCACUUAAUUUAUUACAAAUUCAGAGCUGCAGUCUGGAAGAGUGAGCCCAUCUAAUUCAUGUAAAAACUCAUAAGAUUCUGGAUUUAAUAGAGAUAGAAGUAUUUCUUAAGGUAGUAUUUAUGGUUAGCUUUAGUAAAAUAAAAUAUAAUAAGAAAUUAAAGAUAAGCAGAAAAAUGAACUAAAAAUUUUUUACUUGAAUGAGCACUUUGAUAAUAUAUAACCGUAAAGAAGUAAAGUGACAAACUUAUAAAAUAAAACUAAAAGUGUUUCGCAUUCUUAAACUCCAUUAAAAUAGCAAAGCUAAAAAAUGAACAUUUCAAAAUAUGUCAACGACAGCUUUGAUAACUCAGGACUCAAUAACUUAAUUUGUGAAAAAUAAAAAGAAAUAGAUAUAAGUGCUGACGUUCAUUAUGUGAUGCUCAGCAAUAUAUUUUCUCAUAACAAUGAGCUGAUUGAAAUAGAAGAUUUCAUAGAGAAGGAAAGAAGCAAGGUUGAUGAAAAUUAAGAAGAAUAGUAGCUAGAUCCUAAAUAGCUUUAUAAUGAUAGAUAUAGUCGUUUCAAAUUAAAGAGUUCUUCUUCAACAAGACCAACUACAGGAAAAACCAUAGUAGCAAAGAAUGAAGUAGUAAACUCAUAAGUUUCUAAUUAGAGUCCUAAUUAUUAGUCAGAGUCUGAAGAUAUCUCUUCCAAAUUUUAAAGAGUUAAAUCUAAUAACUUAUCUGUUUCAUUCUACGUUAAUGAUAAAAAUUAAACUAUAAAUACUUCUAGGCCAAGCUCUUCUUAUUAGAGGUUUGGUGGAGGUAAAAAUAAAAGGAGUAGUUCUGGUAUUUCUAGUAUUAGUAAUAAUUAAAGUAGCUUUAUUUAAAACUAUUCUUAGUUGCAGUAACCAAGGCCAAGGACUUCAAAUUAAAAUAUUUACUUAUAAUCAAAGAAUAUAACUCCUAUAAGAGAGUAAUUUUCAAAAGAUAUUGCUAGCGAUUCUAAAUAUUAAUCUAUUCAGUAGUCGUAAGGAUAAAGCUUAGAGAAUACUUAAAUCAUUAGUUAGGAUUCUAAAUUACAAUAAAACUAAAUAGAAUAAGAUGAAUAUCAGCAAGAAAACUAAAUUUAUUUAGAUGAAGCAGAGAAAAAAGAAGCUGAAAAAUUAAAAAGACGUAAAAACUUGAUGAUAGAAAUAUUGGAAAGAAAAAGACCUAGAUAUAUAUUUUUGGGUAGCUCCAGAAAUCCAAUUAAAGGUACUCCAGAAUAAAUCCAAGAAAUAGAAAGAAAUGCACAUUUGGUUUAGCAAAGAUAGAAGCUAUAAGUUCAAUAAAAAGAAAGAAUCAAGUUAUAAAAGCGUAUACAAGAUAUAGAAAAACAGUGGGAAGUAUCAAAUAUAGAAACUUUAGCAGGACCACCUAAAAAAUAUUAUGUAGAAACUUCUACAAUUUAGCACGAUUUUAAAGACAGAGUUAUAUCCAAAAUUAUUAAUCACUGA